AUGUUAACUAGCGAUGCCUGGUAUGUCGCGGAAUCGGAUUCGGAAGAUAUCGCAGAGAGGAUGCGCGAGGACGACCAGGACGAUGUGAUCCCCGAAGAGGAUAACCCUCGGUGCCCUACAAUUCCCUUCACGACAAUGGAAAAGCAGCGCUACCGACGUAAAUGGCGCUCAGCCCUUAUUGUGAAGGUCCUGGGACGUACGUUCCCAUUCCUGGUCCUGUCGAAGCGUCUGGAGUCAAUCUGGGGUAAACAUGGUGGCCUCCAAAUCUCAAGCCUCUCACAUGGCUUCUACGUGGUUCGUUUUAUGAGUCAGUUCGACUAUGAACAAGCUGCUGCAGGAGGGCCAUGGCUGAUUGGGGGACACUACCUGACGGUGCGUAACUGGAGGAAAGGUUUUAACCCUAGCUCGGCGGAAGUUGCCUCAACCCUAGCCUGGGUUCGCCUACCGGGUCUACCCUUAGACUUCUUUGACAGCGAAGCGGUUGAGCGCAUUGCACAGAGGAUAGGGAGACCUGUUCGAGUGGACCGCGCUACGCUGACAUGUGAGCGAACCCAGUUUGCUCGAGUAUGCGUUGAAGUUGACCUAACAAAGCCGUUGCUAUCACAGUAUCGUAUCGAAGGCGUGACGUACUACAUCGAAUACGAGAGUCUGUAUAACAUUUGCACUGAAUGCAAACGAUAUGGCCAUGCAAAAACUACGUGCCCAUCACUCGCCCAUGCACGAGCUGAUCAAACAGCUGAACCGAUUCCCACCACAGCCCAAAAGGGUCGGGAACAGGAACCAAGGUCCACGUAUGGCGAGUGGAUGGUGGCAAAACCACGAGGCAAGAAGAAACAGCACCCGGAAACAAAGCAUGAGGCUGGUAAGGGCGGCGGUACUCCGUCCGGGUCUCGGUUUGCAGUUCUCGAGGAAGAUUCUGGUGUUGAAAUGAUGGAAACACAAACAGAGUCCCCGGAACCCCCUGUCAAGGAGGCACAAUCGGUUGGCCCCAAACCCAGGAGCUCUACCCAACCCCCUGCUGGGCAGAAACCACAGAGUACCCAAAAGGGCCCACAAGAGGUGACCGGCGUGGCUAAGAGCGCGGCAGUGCAACCUACCCGACAAAAGGCAAUGGAUGACGACCUCGUCGAUGUGCCGAUCACUAUGGUAGCCUCGCAGACCAACCUGCUCACCCAACCCAUGCGAACUAAAGAGACUACAAGCAAAAAUCCGGGUCCUCUCUUGGCGACAGGAUCCUUGAGACCAGGGGAGGUUAUUACUCCCAGUACGGGUGGAUCGUCCCAACCGCCACAACCGCCAGGCCAAGCACCGGCAGGAAACAAGGAGACAGAGCCCUUGGGACCUACAGGUCCAGAGUUGCCAACCUCGGGGGAACCUAACCCCCGGGAUAUGAUCGUGUCUUAA